AUGACACCCAGUAGCCUCAGAAUCCUGUCGUCAAAUGUACGUGGAUUCAGAACGAAUGUCGGCGAGUUGACCCACGCAGCUCUCAAGAACAAGGCUGACAUAGUGGUGGCCGUUGAGACGUUCCUGAAUGACAGCUCCGUCACAACAUGCGACAGGAUACCUGGCUAUACUCACUGGGUGCGGAGGGACAGAACAGCCGGGCAAGGCGGUGGUAUAGCUUUGUGCCACCGUGAAGGUCUACAGCUGCAGCUAUUGCCCGUCACAGUUCCUGAGGAGAUGGAAAUGCUAUUUUUCCGCCUUCUCCUCGCUGACAGGACUGCUGUGCUGCUCUGUCCUCUGUACCGCCCCCAAUGCUCCCUCGACCCUGUCCUGACCGAUCUGCCGGCAGACUCUGUGCAGUGCUACCAACUUGACAAGGUCCUCUGUGAAGUUGGUCUUAACCCAGCAAGUGAGGAAGGAAGCCAGCGCACCAUCUGGCUAUGGGAGAAGGCUAACUGGCGUGGGCUCAGGGCAGAGUUAGCCUCCACAUACUGGGAAUCCACGUUCACAGAUGACAUGAACCACAACGUGGCAACCCUCACCUCCCUUAUCAUAUCAGCACAAGCCAGGCACGUCCCUCACAGGGCAUAUAGAGUCGAUCCACGAGACCAGCCUUGGUUCGGCUACAGGUGCCGGCAAGCUGCUGAUGCCAAGUAUAAGGCCUGGACUCGUCUGAAGCGUCGUCCCUCCAGGCGCCACAAGGCCCAGCACCGCGCUGCUUGCAAAAACAUGGCGAGAGUGGCUACAUGGGCGAGGCAGAGGUGGGAGUUAAGUCUACGGAGGAAGCUUGCCAGUAACCAAACUGAUCCCAAGCAAUGGUGGUCCCUUGUGAAGCAGCGGCAGGGCACAGUCACACAGGAGAGGAUCCCGCCCCUUAAAACAGCCUCUGGCAACUUGGCAGUUGCUAACCAAGACAAGGCUGAACUCCUGGCAGCACACUUUAGCGGGAAAAUGACGACUGAGGAGCCUGACAGUCAGCCUCCACAACUAACCCGCCUGUGUGACGUAACCCUGGACCACCUACAGCUCAGCGAAGCCGCCGUGACAAAGCUGCUGCGCAGCACCGACACCAGGAAGGCGCCCGGCCCUGACGACGUCUCGCCCUUCCUGAUGAAGCACUGUGCGGAGGAGCUAACAAAGCCCCUCACACACAUCUUCCGCCAGUGCCUACAAACCAGCACCUGGCCAGCUGCAUGGAAGGAGGCUCGGGUCACUCCUGUACACACAAAAAAAGGAUAA